AUGGCAAUGGGUUACAUUGCAAGUGCAGAGUCGUGUCACAAGCAUGGUGAUUUAAAGUGCGGCGUGUGUGAUUGCCACGAAGGUUUCAUUGGGAUGUCAUGUGAAUGCAAUGAUGUCGACAGCACUGGCACCAUCAGCGAAGACACGUGCCGACAGACGAACACCUCCGCGAUCUGCAGCAACCGUGGUCAGUGCAAGUGCGGGCAGUGCCAGUGCAAAGAGCCAGCAGAUCCGAUUCAGAAGAUUGAUGGGCUAUACUGCGAGUGCAACAACUACGAAUGCAACAACCUAGAAGGGAAAAUUUGUUCUGGCCACGGGGAGUGUGACUGCAACACGUGCAUAUGCGACAAGGGCUGGAAGGGAAGAGACUGCUCAUGCAAUAAUAACAUCGAUAACUGUAUGAACCGGGACACGGAGGAGAUCUGUUCAAACCACGGUACCUGUGAGUGCAACAAAUGCAAAUGCAAUGGCAAAUAUUUCGGAAAGUGGUGUGAGGACUGUCAGACAUGUAGCGGAAAGUGCUCGGAGUUCAAACCUUGCGUCCAGUGUGAGGUGUUCAAGACAGGGGAGUUGAACCAGGAUCAGUGUCAGGAAAAGUGUGAUCCUUAUAACAUCAGUAUAGUCAGUGAAUUUGCAAAAGAUCUGGGAACUGGAAAGAGGUGUUCUUUCCUCGAUAAGGAGAACUGCCGCUUUGACUUUGUUUACGAAUUGGACAGAAGUUCGGGUAACGUCUCACUGUGGGUGAAGCAGGAUUUGGACUGUCAGAAACCCAUCAACGUAACAGGAGUGAUCUUCGGAGUCAUCGGUGCUAUGUUGGCCAUUGGUCUAUUGGCUCUUAUCGUCUGGAAGCUCUGCGCGAUUCUCCAAGACCGCCGCGAAUACGCCAGGUUCCUGCGCACGUCAUUUCGCGGUAAAUGUGAAGCCGCAGCAGCUGAACCUGUGAUGACUGUGUCCAUUUCACUCUCGAGUGAAAAUCCACUCUUCAGGCGAGCCAGAACUACUAUUCAAAACCCUCUGUUUAAUUCCUUCGAGUAA